UCAGUCCCAUAAUUUUUUAAGUCAAUUUUAAAAGAGAACACCAUCUCCAGAAUCAAUCAACAAGCACCGAUACCGAUAGCCAUGGCGAUGGCGAUGCCGAUACCGAGCCGGAAACUUUUCAUCGACGGUGAGUGGAGAGAGCCUGUCCUGAAGAAGCGCAUCCCGAUCGUGAAUCCUUCGACCGAAGAGAUCAUCGGUGAUAUCCCUUCGGCUACAGCGGAAGAUGUGGAGCUUGCAGUCAAUGCAGCUCGAAAAGCAUUUUCAAGGAAUAAAGGGAAGGACUGGCCCAAAGCACCUGGGGCUGUUCGUGCAAAGUAUCUGCGUGCUAUCGCUGCUAAGAUAACGGAAAGAAAAUCCGAUCUUGCAAAACUUGAGGCUAUCGAUUGUGGUAAACCACUAGAUGAAGCAGCUUGGGAUAUGGAUGAUGUUGCUGGAUGUUUUGAAUUUUAUGCUGACCUUGCUGAAGGAUUAGAUGCAAAGCAGAAGGCUCCAGUUUCGCUUCCAUUGGAGAGCUUUAACAGCUAUAUUCUGAAGGAACCCAUUGGAGUUGUGGGACUGAUUACACCAUGGAACUACCCACUUCUGAUGGCCACUUGGAAGGUGGCUCCUUCCCUUGCUGCUGGGUGCACCGCAAUUCUCAAGCCUUCAGAGCUGGCAUCGGUUACUUGCUUGGAACUCGCUGAUAUCUGCCGAGAAGUUGGUCUUCCUCCUGGGGUCCUCAACAUUUUGACUGGAUUAGGUCCAGAAGCUGGAGCUCCAUUGGCAUCACAUCCAGGUGUUGACAAGAUUGCAUUCACCGGAAGUUUUGUCACCGGAAGCAAGGUCAUGACAGCUGCAGCUCAAUUGGUGAAGCCUGUUUCUUUGGAGCUUGGUGGGAAGAGUCCAAUCAUUGUGUUUGAGGAUGUUGAUCUUGACAAAGCUGCUGAAUGGACUCUCUUUGGUUGCUUUUGGACAAAUGGUCAGAUCUGCAGUGCAACGUCCCGUCUUCUUGUCCAUGAAAGCAUCGCAAAGGAAUUUAUAGAAAAGCUUGUAAAGUGGAGCAAAAACAUAAAAAUUUCAGACCCUCUGGAAGAAGGUUGCAGGCUUGGUGCUAUUGUUAGCCAAGGACAGUAUGAGAAGGUAUUGAAGUUUAUCUCAACAGCUAAGAGCGAAGGUGCGACCAUCUUGCAUGGUGGUUCCCGACCUGAGCACCUGAAGAAGGGCUUUUUCAUCGAACCGACCAUCAUAACUGAUGUAACAACUUCAAUGGAAAUCUGGAGAGAAGAAGUUUUCGGGCCCGUUUUAUGCGUGAAAACAUUUUCCUCUGAGGAUGAAGCAAUCGAGCUGGCGAACGACUCCCACUAUGGCUUAGGAGCUGCAGUAAUAUCCAAUGACAUGGAAAGAUGUGACCGUAUAAGUCAGGCAUUCGAGGCUGGAAUAGUAUGGAUUAACUGUUCACAGCCUUGCUUCACUCAAGCUCCAUGGGGCGGAGUCAAACGCAGCGGUUUUGGACGUGAACUCGGAGAAUGGGGGCUUGAUAAUUACUUGAGCGUCAAGCAAGUGACUGUCUACAACUCUAGUGAGCCAUGGGGAUGGUACAGAUCUCCGUCUCAGUGAUGAUGAUAGAUAUAUGUACGAUAGAUGGAAGCUGAAUAAUGCUUUCCAAGCUUUUGCUUCAGUUACUCAGACACUUGAUUUCAGACUUAAUAAAAGACUGAUUCGAUAAUAUUUGGUAUAAUGCCUUUUCA